AUGGCUGACGGAGUAGACAUGGGUGAACGUACGCUCGAAAAUUUAGCCAACAGGCUACUUCAACUGGAUUCUGCCAUCGAAAAAAAUGAACAUUUCACUGAGGCACAAGCCCGGCAAUUCAUUGAAGCAAAGAAAAACAAGGCUACGGUAACAAAAACAAGGAGUGACAUGAAAAAGGCGAACGAUUGGCUGAAUGAUGACGGCGAGACCCGCCAGAUCAAAGACAUUCCACAAAAGGAGCUAGAUAUUCUUUUAUCCAGAUUCCUGCUCAGUGUCAAGAAGAACAAGCUUUCGGCAGAGGCGAAUGGCCCCGCUGCAACCAACUUCGAGCCAUCUACCCUGCGUGGCAUCUUGUCAAGUGUAAAGAGACACCUGUCCGAGAAUGAGUACGAAGGCGAUGUCAUGGGCGGAAAAGAGUUCAAACUCACACGGGACACGCUAAAAGCGAAAUGCGUGGACUUGAAAGAAAAGGGACUUGGCAACAAAAACAGAGAGCCGAUCCCUUCACUUCCUCAGAGAUUCAACAACUCUACGAAAAGGAACUUCAUGGAGCCGGUAACCUCUCCAAUUUCCCUCACAAAUACCAUUUGGCUUAACAACACCAUGCACCUUGGAUUGCGAGGAAGACAGGAGCACUUGACCAUGUUGUGGGGGGACUUGGAAUUAAGCCAGACCUCCGAUGGUGUGUGUUACUUGGCCUUCACGGAGAGGGCGACAAAAACAAGAAACGGUGUUGCUGGUGACCACAGGCAAUAUGUACCUAAGCUCUUUGAACAGCCAGGAGACCCAAACUGCCCUGUAAGGUUGUAUCAGCUUUACAAUGAAAAGAGACCACCUCAGAUGUCCGCCCCAGAAACAAGGUUUUAUGUAGCCCUGAAUCCAAAUUUUGGAAAGGGAACAGAAUCAAAUGAUCUCUGGUUCAUCAACCAAAACCUGGGAAAAAAUAAAUUGGGACAACUGGCCAAAACCAUGAGUGAGCAGGCUGGAUUUCAGGCUAUGCAUGUUAAUCACUCUGCAAGAAAAACAUGCAUUUCAAAUUUGCUGGAUGCCGGUUGUUUCCCCACUGAGGUGGCACAGCUGACUGGUCACAAAAAUCUGAUGUCUCUAAAUCAUUACCAUACAAACAAUAUAGAAAAGCAGCAAAACAUGUCCAAUAUUCUUCACAUAUGUAAGAGAAAAGAACCAGUGACAAAUCCAGAACCAGAACCAAUUACUAGCAUGGAGGAAUUUGAUGAUGAUGACAAUCAGGAACUUGUAGCAGCAUCCCAGGAAAUUGAGCAAGCGCUAUCCUCCAUCCAAACAUAUGAAGAGAUUCCUGUAAGAAAACCAACACAUGAUGAAGCUGAACAAGUUUUAGACCUUCCCAUUAAACAAAGCCCAGGUGGAACACUGACCCUGCAAAAAUUUAUGAAGGACCCUCAGUCACUGUUUAAUGGCUGCACCUUUAAUGGGCCUAUCAGCAUUAAUUUGAGAAAUUAG